AAACUAUAUAAUAACACGAAUAAGAACACAAUUAAGAAUCCAGCUUUAACGAUCACAAGCAAUUCUCCAGUAACAAUCUAACUGAACAUCGGAAUUCUGCACUUCAAUUGAUCGUUUAUAUGUAUAUCAUAUUCACGUCAAGUAUCCUAUUAGCCACAUGGGUUGCUCUGCUUCCCUUCCAGAUAGGAAUUCCAGGCAGUUGAGUGGACUAAAUGGUUUUGAGAGCAGUGGGGCAGCUGAUGCGAAAAACCUGCGUGUUAAGCUGGUUUUAUUAGGUGAUUCAGGUGUUGGUAAAAGUUGCAUUGUUCUUCGCUUUGUUCGUGGCCAGUUUGACCCAACAUCCAAGGUUACAAUUGGAGCUUCUUUCUUGUCUCAGACAAUAGCUCUGCAAGAUUCUACAACAGUUAAAUUUGAAAUAUGGGACACAGCUGGCCAAGAAAGAUAUGCUGCACUGGCACCGCUGUACUACAGAGGUGCUGCAGUUGCAGUUAUUGUGUAUGAUAUAACAAGCCCAGAGUCAUCCAACAAAGCACAAUAUUGGGUUAAGGAGCUACAAAAACAUGGGAGUCCUGAUAUAGUCAUGGCUUUAGUUGGUAACAAAGCUGAUCUUCAUGAGAAUCGAGAAGUUCCCACACAAGAUGGCAUUGAGUAUGCAGAGAAGAACGGGAUGUUCUUUAUUGAGACCUCUGCCAAGACUGCAGAUAAUAUAAAUCAGUUGUUUGAGGAAAUCGCUAAGCGACUUCCCCGUCCAUCCAGUUCAUAAUUGUGGAUGCAUGGAAUCUCCCAAUGUAAUGUGCAGAUGUUUUUCAUUAAUUUGAGACUACUUGUUCUGAUUAAAAUUGUAUAAUAUACAUGGUUUAUAUAGAUAUUUACAAAUUCACAAAUCAGGAAAUUAGAUCAUAAUAGAAGGAAACCAAUCUAUAGUUUUAAGUGAAUCACACACUAAAACAGCAAAAAAAAAACCACUUGAUAAAUUAGAACAUCCUCACAUGUAAUCCCCACAUAAUGUCAAGUUUGUGUAUCAUGUUGGAUUUAAUCCUAACUCUCUGUUCUGUA